UAGAAAUCAGUUGUAACCCUUGUACUAAUUGUUUUCCCCCAAUGACUCUAAAAUCUGUCCCCAAGGCAAUCCCUAACCGCCGCCUGUGUCCGCACACGCGCCUCCUCCUCCGCUACGCAGUCACCUCCCGACUUCUGAUACUAACCCUAAUUAUCAUCUGGCGAUCCCUUCUCAGCCCAUACGACACAUCCGCUUCAAUAAACCCCCAAUGCCUCUCAUCAUCAAAUUCCUCAAAUCCUCCGCCGGCGGCACUCUUCCCGCGCGUGGGAUCUGCCAUUGAGAGGAGCAUUGUUUGGGAUGGCGUUUACUUCACACGCGUGGCAGAGUGCGGGUACGAGUACGAGCAGACCUACGCUUUCUUGCCCUUGCUUCCCCUUUGCGCCUCCCUUCUCUCCAAAACAGUUUUUGCUCCAUUGGUACGUGUAAUUGGAUACAGGGCUGUGCUCGGGCUAUCUGGCUAUGUGCUCAACAACAUUGCCUUUGUUUUCGCCGCACUGUAUCUAUACCGGCUUUCAGUUGUCGUUUUGAAGGACAACGAGGUAGCAUUGCGAGCAUCAAUUUUGUUUUGCUUUAACCCAGCUUCCAUAUUCUACUCAUCAAUAUAUUCCGAGAGUCUGUAUGCGUUCUUCUCGUUUGGAGGAUUGUAUCAUUUCAUGAACGGCGCCUAUAAUUACACAACCUUCUGGUUUGCACUCUCUAGCUGUGCGCGUUCAAAUGGGGUGCUUAACGCGGGCUAUAUUUGCUUCCACGCAAUGCUACAAGUUUACGAAGCUUUUUUCUCCAAAAAACGCGCUUAUCUGGUAACACUGAAGAUCAUUCUUGCUGCGGGUUUACGUUCUGUUUGCAUCUUUAUUCCCUUUAUCUCCUUUCAAGCAUAUGGGUAUUUCAAUAUUUGCUUGGAUCAUUCUGUGGGUGAAAUGAGGCCUUGGUGCAAGGCAAGACUUCCUUUACUCUACAAUUAUAUUCAAAGCCACUAUUGGGGAGUGGGCUUCUUAAGAUAUUUUCAAGUUAAACAAUUGCCGAAUUUUCUUCUUGCAUCACCAAUACUGUCUCUAGCACUUUGCUCGAUUGUAUACUAUGUGAAGCUAUGGCCUGAGGUUUUUCUCUCUCUUGGUCUCCAAGCACCAGUUUCUAUGGGGGUGGAUGAACAACAAAGCACUUCAAAGAACCCAUCGCAAGAUGACAGUACUCUCGGACUAAGACGAAGAGCUAUCAAAAGAGAAGAUUUGGUUAUACAGCCAUCCAAAAGUGAAACGUCAGACGGCCUACAUUACGAUCCUGUUGUUGUUCUUCCUUUUGUUCUGCACUUGAGCUUCAUGGUCGCAACCGCAUUUUUUGUCAUGCAUGUUCAGGUUGCAACUCGUUUCUUAUCCGCUAGCCCUCUUGUGUACUGGUUUGCGUCACUUAUUAUGGGAUCUCCUGGUAUUGGGAAGAAAUGGGGGUAUUUCAUAUGGGCCUAUUGCGCGGCUUACAUUUUCCUCGGCAGUUUACUUUUCUCAAAUUUCUAUCCAUUUACCUGAGAUGCUGCUGCUGCUGGAUAAUUUUCUUGAUUUGAUAUUAUUGACGGUGGUACUCUCAGUGGGGAAGCCAGUGUAGGGCGGGGGGCCAUGGCCCCAUCUCAAAUUUUAAUUUUUGUUUACUACUAUAUAUGUAUGUAUGUAUAGUUUUUUGCAUUUGCAUUGUCCUCUUAUAAUAAAUGGAUCUAACAAGUAGGAUAAAAAAGUUAUGAAUUGUAAACUUGGAACUAGGAGCGAAUCCACCCUUGUGAAGUGAUGGAGUCAAGUCAUCCUCAAUUGUAAAAAAUUCCACGGUAUUACGCCUUUA